CCCAGAACAUUGCGCUGCCAGGUGUUAAAGAGGCAAAACAAACACCAUGUCAGGAUUGAGGAUAUUAGUACCCGUUAAGCGGGUCAUUGACUAUGCGGUCAAGCCUCGCGUAAACCGCGCCCAAACCGCCGUAGAAACCGCAAACGUAAAACAUUCAAUGAACCCCUUCGACGAACUCUCCAUCGAAGAAGCAGUCCGCAUGCGCGAAAAGAAGGCCCACCAUGCAAACGCCCCCAACGUAGAAGAGAUUGUCGCUUUCUCUGCGGGAGUUCCCAAGUCUCAAGAUAUUCUCCGCACAGCCAUGGCCAUGGGCGCAGACCGAGGCAUACACGUAGUUGUAGAAGAAAAGGACGCCCUGGAACCCCUUGGUGUCGCGAAGCUUCUGCGAAAAGUAGUAGAUGAGCAAAAGAGCAAUUUGGUCAUCCUAGGGAAACAAGCCAUUGACGACGAUGCCGGCCAAACAGGACAAAUGCUCGCAGGCCUGCUGAACUGGCCCCAAGCAACCCAAGCGUCCAAAGUCACAAUCAACGACCAAACUGUCGAGGUAGUACAAGAAGUCGAUGGUGGUGUUCAAACUAUCAAGGCCAAGCUGCCCAUGGUCAUCACUACGGAUCUGCGCCUCAACGAACCCCGGUAUGCCAGUUUACCCAACAUUAUGAAGGCGAAGAAGAAGAAGCUGGACAAGAAGAGUCUGAGCGACUACGGGCUGGACACUGAGAUCAGGUUGAAGACGGUCAAGGUUACCGAGCCACCGCCACGGAAGGGCGGUGUCAAGGUUGAAGAUGUAGACGGUAUGAUCAGCAAACUCAAGGAAUUGGGUGCCUUGUGAGAAGUCCGAAUAUUCAAAACGAUAAGAAAAGAGACAAGAUACAAUCAAAAAAAAAAAAAAAAAACAAU